AUGGAGAAAAUGUUCAAAUUUGUUGUUGAUAGGAAAUAUGAGAAUUUCCAAAGGAGACACGAGGCAAUGACUUUAGACCAGCACGGCAGCGCCCCUGACAUUCCACCCAACAAAAGCGUUCGGCCAUUGUCCACUAAGGCUACAAUGCCUCCCGUAUCUACACACUUCGGAUGUACAGGUAAUCGCUUCCUUAGAACAACAUCAUAG